UGUUUCUUCUCGGCUCUGAAUCUGCACCUGCACCUGCACCUGAACGACACUGUCCACUGCGCGAGCGUGCUCCCACCCUUCCAACGGUCUCCACGCACCGUCGUCUUCUUUUGCAUCGCACGGGAACAGGAACGGGAACGGGACGGGAAAACAGGGCCAGAGCUAGCGAGCAAAGGAGGGCAGCCAGCUGGAGAGGACACGAUGUUUGGCUCGGGAGGCUCGGGCUUUGGCGGCUUCGGCCAGCAGAACAAUGCCAACCAGCAGCAAGCGGGCCAGCAGCCGGGGCAGCAACCCGCGGGGCUGUUUGGGCAGCAGCCGCAGCAACAGCAGCAGCAGCCUCAGUCUGGAUUUGGGGGCUUCGGCACCCAGACGGGCGGCUUUGGCGCCUCGACGAGCGGCGGAUCGCUGUUCGGUGCGCAAGGGCAGCAGCAGCAGCCAGGAGCUGCCUCGGGCAGCGGCUUCACCUUUGGCCAGCCAGCCGGUGGUGCGCAGAGUGCGUCGCCCUUUGGACAGCAAGUCAACAAACCCGCCGGCAGUGGCUUUGGUGGCUUUGGCGCUUCGACGGCCCCCUCUUCUGGCUUUGGCGGCUUUGGUGCCUCGACGGCGCAGCAGCAGCAGCAGCCCAACCAGGCGCAGAGCUCGCCGUUUGGCGGCGCAUCCACGACGACGUUCGGAGCCAAGCCCGCCGGUGGUGGGGGCCUCUUUGGCGCGGCACAGACGCAGCAGCAGCCCCAGCAGACGGGUGCCUUUGGGCAGCCAGCCAACCAGGGCGGCGGCCUCUUUGGAGCCGGCGGCGGGCUCGGAGCCGCGGCCACGGGCGGCAUGCCCACCCAGGGGACCUCGAACCCGGCCUACACGCCCUUUCUGAGCAACGAAAAGGACGCCACGGGAAGCGGGUCGACCAACUACCACUACACGUCCAUCUCCUGCCUCCCCGCGUACCGUGCUGCGUCGCUCGAGGAGCUUCGUCUGCAGGACUACCAGCAGGGGCGCAAGACGGGCACCGUGGGACCCGGCGGCGGAGGCUUUGGGCAGCCGGCUGGAGCGACAGGAUUCGGGCAGCAGGGCCAGACGAACAGCCUCUUUGGACAACAGCAGGGCGCUACUGGCUUCGGCGCUGGCACGGGCGGCGGCGGCGGUGGUCUCUUUGGACAGGCCGGCAACACAGGAGGCGGCGGUCUCUUUGGCCAGCAGCAGCAGCAGCCCCACUCGCAACAGCCACAGACCGGAGGCUUGUUUGGACAACAGCAGCAGCAGCAACCGCAGACUGGCGGCCUGUUUGGACAGCAGCAGCCCGCCGCGGGCGGCUUCUCCUUUGGCCAGCCCCAGCAGCAGCAGCAGCAGCAGCCCCAGCAGCAGUCGGGCUUCUCCUUUGGACAGGCCAACCAGCAGAACAAGCCGGCGGGUGGGGGGCUGUUUGGACAGUCGACGACCGGUGGCUUUGGAUCCGCGCCCACUGGAGCUGCUUCGGGCGGCUUCUCCUUUGGCGCUAACCAGCAGGGACAGCAGCCGCAGCAGCAGCAGCAGCCAGGCGCCGGCGGAUUUGGCUCGGGCGGCCUGUUUGGAAACACGGGCCAGCAGCAGCAAAAGCCAGCCACGGGCGGCCUCUUUGGCUCGACGACGGGUGCGAGCACGGGUUUCGGCUUUGGCGCCUCGUCAGCGCCCGGCCAGACGGAGAACAAGCCUGCGUUUUCGUUUGGCGGUGCUGGCGGCGGUGGUGGCUUUGGAGCUGCCUCCUCGGCACCGGGCCAGACAUCGACGGCGGCACCCACUGGCGGACUGUUUGGGCAGGCAGCAGCCACGAGCCAGCCGGGCGGUGGGCUGUUUGGAAACACGCAGGCAAACACCGCCGGCGCCGGCGGCUUCAGCUUCGGGGGUGCCAACAACAGCAACCAGCAGCAGGGGCAGCAGCAGGGCCAACAGCCUGGCCAGACGGCCGGUGGCUUUGGCACGGGCGGCGGUGGACUGUUUGGCAACAAGCCUGCCACCGGCGGCGGCCUCUUUGGCAGCGCUUCGGCGGCCCCUCCCCAAGCGGGCGCAUCCACAGGCUUCAGCUUUGGUGGCGGUGGAGCGUCGACGACGGCGAACAACGCGGGCACGGGCAGCCUGUUUGGACAAAACAAGCCGGCAGGCGGAGGCCUCUUUGGAAGCCUAGGAGCGCAAAACAACCAGCAGCAGCAGCCAGGCCAGCAACAGCAGCAGCCAGGCGGCCUCGGCGGGUCGCUCUUUGGCAACAACAACAACAGCAACACUGCCUCUACCGGGGGCUUGUUUGGCAAUGCAGGAGGCGCUCCGGGCGGCGGAGGAGGCGGUCUCUUUGGCAACAGUGCCAACAAUGGCACUCAACUCGGCGGCGGUGGCGGCGGCCUCUUUGGCAACAGCAACAACAACAAUAACAACAACCAGCAGCAAGGCGCCUCGACGGGCGGUCUCUUUGGCCAAUCGUCCAACUUCAGCUUUGGCCAGUCGAACAAUGCGUCCAGCAACCAGAACAACCAGUCGGGCGGCCUCUUUGGGGGCGGCAACAGCCUCUUUGGCGCUGGGCAGCAACAGGCCAACCAGCAGCAGCAGCAGCAGCCUGGCUUCAACAUGCAGGCGAGCCUUGCGAGCAACCCGUACGGUACAGACUCGCUCUUUGGAGGACAGGCAGGGCCGCUGGCCAAUGCCUCUCCUGCGUCGCUCGGGCAGUCGCAGCUGGGAAACCAGCAGGGCCACUUACCCUUCAACGUCUCGAUGCAGCGCUCGACGAAGAAGCCGCCUCCGAUUGUGGCUCCCUUCCGGCCGAGCCCACGCAGCUCGACGAGGAUCACGCGCCUGCGAGGCACGACGCCCGGCGGCCUCGGCCUGCGCGAGAGCACGCCCGGUCGCGAGGGCAGCCCUGCGCUUGGCAGCAGCACCAGCCUCUUCCACUCGCCCUCGGCUCGCGUGGGCAGCCCUGCUGCCGGCCUGCCAAGUUCCCAUGCCAGCAUCUUCCGUGGCCUCAGUGACGAGCAGCCACGCCACCUUCGCGAGGCCUCUGCGCCCGUCUCGUCGUCGACGCCCUCGUCGCUGCCGCCGCAGGCCUUUGUCUCGAGGCCGAGCGUCAAGAGGCUUGUGCUCGACGACCACGACGGUGGAUUGCCAGCUUCGAAUCUGACUCGCUCCUCGUCGUUGUUUGGCGGCACCAGUGGUCUCCGCGGCACGCCGCCUCCUGCUGCUGCCUCUUCUUCUGCCUCCGCUGCUGCCAACCGCGUCGCCUUCAGCCCCGCGCUCGAGUCUGCCGCCGCCCGGGCCUCGACCACCGUCAGGAACGGUACGCCGGCUGGUCCCGACACGAGCCUGUUCGGUGCGGCUCCCGACGAGUCGCCCUCGCGCGGCUUUGGCAGUGCCAGCGAUGCAGCCGACACGAGCCUGCCUGCUCUCAAGCCCGGCAAGCUCAACAGCUCCGCGUCUGGCGACAGUGCGACGACGAGGCGAGGCGGCCUCAACAGCAGCAUCACCAGCAGCAACACUGCAAACAACAACAACAAAAAGGAAGACGUGCUGCUUCCCCUCGACUACUACACCGAGCCCCCACUGUCGGAGCUGCGCGAGUGGUCGAAUGCCGAGCUGCGCUCCGUCGAAGGUUUUGUCGUCGGCCGCAAGAACUACGGCUCCAUCGAGUUCCUCGAGCCAGUCGACCUCACCACCGUGCCCGAGCUCGGCGACAUUCCGGGAGGAAUUGUCCAGCUGCGCCUCAAGGAGUGCCUCGUCUACCCCGAGGAGGACGAGUGCUUUGACGGUGAGACGGGUGAGGAGCGCGAUGGUGUCCAGCCGGGCUUUAACCCGCGGCGCAUCGCAAAGGCCAAGCGCGGCCAGGGCCUCAACCAGCCCGCCGUCGUCUCGCUGCUCCAGUGCUGGGCCACCGACCGCGCCACGAGGGCGCCCAUCAAGGACGCCGACCACCCCAGGGUCAAGCAGUUUGUGAGCAAGCUCACCAGAAGGCAGGACGCUGAGUUUGUCGACUACAAGGCUGGGCCGGGCGAAUGGACGUUCCGGGUCAAGCACUUCAGCCGGUACGGUCUCGAUGACAGCGAGGAGGAUGACGACGAGGAGGCGAGUGACGCGGCGAAGGGAAAAGCCCAAAAGAAGAAGAAGCAGCAGCAGCAGCAGCCAAGCCACGAAGACGACGAGGCGAUGGAGUCGGAUGGCGCACCGCCUCGGCGGGCCCUCGACGAGGACAGCGAGGAGGGCGAAGAAGACGAGGCGACGAGCGAGAGCGACGGCUUCGACGAGCGCAGCAGCGGCGUCAUGCGAAUGAGUGAGAUGGGGAGCCCAGCGCCAGGCGAGCGGAAACGCCUCCGCCACCUGCGACAGGCAACGCCCACCUCGCGCGAUGCGACGCCCGUGGCCGAGUCGCCCAGUCGAUGGAGAGGACGGAGCACAAGCGCGACGCCCCAGCCCAGCAGCCGGCAGCAGAGCCAACCGUGGGCGGCGAGCCUGGGGCUGGAGCCGAAGCGUGUGCAGGUCAUGCAAGCCAGCUUCUUUGGCCAGCCGCAGACCAGCCAGCAGCAGCAGCAGCAGCAGCAGCAGGGUGAGACUACACGCAAACAGCUGCGCUCGUUCACCUCGAGCGAGAAGCGGGCCGAAGAAGACGCGCUGGCAUCGCGGCCAGCUUUCACGGCGCCCAUGACUGCCUCGCAUCCACAGAGGGACACUGCUGCUUCGGCGGCAGCGGCGGCUGCGGCCUCGACGAUUGGUGUGCCCCCACCGCCGCCCCGCAAGCUCUUGAGGACGGAUGUGGCACAGAGCGUCAUUGCCCAGAGCGCAACGUCGCUCGUCAUUGACGCCGGUGCAAGUCUCGGCAGGAGCUUCCGUGUGGGAUGGGGGCCCGGCGGCCUGUUUGCGCACAGUGGACGACCAGCAACUCUGAGGAGCGAGAAAGGGUCGACAUCGACGACGGCUUUUGCAGCUCAUUUCGAGGCAUUCUCGACGGUCACUAUGGAACGCGCCCGCGUCUUUGAGCCCGCCGAUGAGGAGAUCAAUCGCAGCAAGGCAAAGCGGCUGCUCGAACUGCAGCUCCAAAAGACCGUCGUCGAAGGUGGCAGUCCCAUGGACGACGAGCUCGAGGACGAAGGACAGGCCUAUAAGAAAAAGUCAAGGUCUGCAGGUGGAUGCCCCGUCGCGUACGCCGAUGGAGGUCUGCGCUUCGCCGACUUUGCCGCUGCGUUUGAUUCGGGCGAAAGGUCCCACGAGUCGCUCAUCUUUCGGCUGGGACAUGCCCUGUUUGACGAGGUUGCCAAUCUGGACCUCUCAAAGCUUGUCGAGCAGUCAGAGGGCGGGCCCGACCCAAGGGCCGUCAUGGCCCUUCGACGCAAGGCGGCACUCUCCGGCUGGCUCAGGCUCGCCGUGUCAGCGACGGUCGAGGGCGAGGCCCGGAGCCACAUUGCGGCAAGUCGGCCAAGCUCGGCGGUCGCCUUUAGCUACCUGACGGCGCACGAGGUCGAGAAAGCCUGCGUGGCGUGCCUCGAGUCCGGGGAUGUGCGUCUGGCCACGCUCGUGGCUCAGGCGUCUAGCGCAGACGAUGACACGCGCGCCGAGAUUGCGCAGCAGCUGGCGACGUGGCGGGCCCAGGCGGUGGAUGCACACAUCGACGAGCACACGCGCAAGCUCUUUGAGCUCCUGUCGGGAAACGUGACGGUGAGCCCCGGCAGCGUGAGCAGGUCAGUCAAGGAUCCAAUCGACCAGGUCCCAGAUCUCUUGAUCGCAAAGGGCCUCGAUUGGAAGAGGGCCAUGGGCCUUCAUCUGUGGUACCAGUCUUCUCCCGACGAGCCGCUCGAGGUGGCGGUAAGCCGGUACGAAGAGGCGGUCAAGGCUUCCCAGGGCCAGACGACCGCUGCGCCGCUACCGCCCCACCUCGACAAGUCGGGCUCGAUCAGGCUGAAACAGCUCUUGCAAACCUCGACGUAUCCCAAAGACGUUCUCUUCCACCUGAUCAAACUCUACGCCGAUCGCACGUACCCGCUCGAGAACAUCUGCGAGCCGCUGUCGUUUGACUCGGGCAAUGGCCAAGAUGUCAGGCUCGCCUGGCACCUCUACCAGCUCCUUUCGAGGGUCCUCUCUGCCGGCGACUUUCGAGACCGAGUCGAAGUGGACACCGCGAUGCAGGUCGUUGAUGGGCAACGAUCUGUCGAGGGCAAUUCGACGAGGGCAGACAACCUCACGACGGCCUAUGCCAACCAGCUUGAAUCGAUGGGCCUCUGGACCUGGUCCGCCUACGUGCUGCUGCACCUCGAGCUGGCCUCGUCAAGACGGACAGCCAUCAAAGCGCUUCUUGCCAGGAACGUGUCGAGCCUGGAGAGCAACAGCGACGACGUCGAGAAGUUCUUGUUGGCCAAGCUGAGGAUCCCCCAGCCGUGGCUCUGCGAGGCCAAGGCCGACCACGCCAAGGCCACACGGCAGGAUCGGUACCGGGAGUACCAACUCUGCCUCGAGGGCGCCGCAGCGUCGUUUGUGCUGGCGCGGUACAGCCAAGUCGACGAGGACGAAGAGGAGCUCGAAGGAGACGAAGCGCAAGACGAGGGUGACGACGAAGCCGAGGCAGCCCAGGAAGAAGGCCUGUCGCUCUUGCGGAGGGCCCACGAGACUGUCGUCUCGGUCCUUGCGCCCGAAGCCCUGAUUCGAUCGGACUUGGAUCUGAUCCUCGAGCUCCUCCAGCCCAUCCAGCGCGUUCUUAUGGACGCGGCCGUGUCGAUGGAUCAGCUGGCAGGGUGGGAGAGCGGAGGAAAAGUGCUGGUCGACUACGUGGCAUGCCUGAGGAACCUGCCGAUGCUGAUGGCAAAGCGACGCGUGAGACCGGCAAGGUCCUUUGAGCAUGCGCAUGGAUAUCAGCAGGAUGAGGACGACGAGCGUCUGGAGAGGCUCGGCAGGCGUGUGGGCGAGCUCAUCCGGACUGUCAGCGAGGACCUGUGGGUCAUCCAUCCCUCGGCCGAGCAAGACGACGGCGAGGGAGACGAGGACGGACAGAUGCUGGGAUGGAGAGUGGCAAAGAGCGAAAUGCUUACGAUGCUCCAAAACCUCCAGCGGGUCUUUACUUCUCUCGACUUUGGCGCAAGGGACGACGCGGCCCAAGUCGACAACGUGGGGAUCGAGUCCGGCUUGCCAGUCGACACAGAGGCGCUCCAGGCAUCGGCCAUGGAGUAUUGCAGGGCGCUGGUGGGCGCUGCUGCUUAGUAUUGAUGUGAUGGUGUUUGACAUUGAAAUGAACAUGAAUGAUGAGAAGAAUGAUG